AGGCGCAGGCGGAUUAGAGCCAGCGCCAGGCAGGCGGGUUGUUUGUGAUUAACUGCUGCUGGGGACUGGGGUAUGGAGAUGUUGCGUCGCUCCUCAGUAUUCGCGGCAGAAGUGAUGGAAGUAUUUGACCGAUCCCCCACAGACAAGGAGCUGGUGUCACAGGCGAAGGCGCUAUGCAGGGAUUUCAUCCAUUCCAGGCUGAACAGGACCGGGAUUGGGUGGUCGAAGCCCGAGCAUCAGCUGUCGGCAUCAGGUGGGACGCUUGGAGAGAUCUCCUCUGUCCUCAUGUGGUUAGGUGAUGAGUUGGAGUACCUGCGGCCCAACAUCUACCGUAACGUAGCUCGUCAGCUGAACAUCACCGUUGCGUCUGAGAGCGUGGUGUCUGAUGCCUUCCUGGCUGUGGCUGCAGAGAUCUUCUCCACCGGUAUAACGUGGGGGAAGGUGGUGUCCCUGUAUACGGUAGCCGGUGCCCUGGCGGUGGACUGCGUGAGGCACGGUCACCCUGCCAUGGUCCACACCAUCGUAGACUGCAUGGGGGAGUUUGUCCUCAAGAGCCUGGUCUCCUGGUUGAAGAAGAGAGGAGGAUGGGCUGAUAUCACAAAGUGCGUGGUGAACACGGACCCCAGCUUCCGCUCCCAUUGGUUGGUGUCUGCUACCUGCGCCUGUGGACAUUACCUGAAGGCCAUGGUGUUUUACCUGCUCCGGGACAAGUGACAACGGAGGACGAGUUGAGUCACGGCCACACGAUGGACAACCUGCCCCAUCCGCCAGUGUAGGACAAAAGAGCCUUAUCCUGGUCCCAGAUCUGUUCGAGCUCCUGACAACUCUAUUGCUGUCAUUGUCAAGCCAAACAUGUUUGUUUUGAGUGUUUCAAUCAAGGAGUUUGUCAUGACAGUGAGUGUCAAGGAGUUGUCAUGACAGCCCAAACAGACUGGCACUCAGCCAACCGGGCGUCUGUCUGAGCUGCAGCCAUCACUCCUCUAGAGUUCUAGAUAUGUUGUGGUUUACACUGCACCUCCGCCACUGCCACUGACGAGCACCUUGGGCCUUCACAAACAAAUGAAACAAACGCACUGGCAUUGCAACAUCGACUUGAAUAAGCUUGUUAGCUACGUCUGCCUUGAACAGGGUAUUUAUCGAUUUAGCUUGACAGUAUUAUUGUGACGUACAAGUACAGAUUCUCCAGCUGUAUUGUGAGGUAGUAGUCUAUACAUAAUGAUCCAUAGCAUUAACAGUUGACUGGAAUGGGAAUGCCCAUUCUAGUUAUUCUAUAUCUGGAUCUCUGUUUUUCUAUAGCUCUCUCUGUCACAUUCCUUGUUUUCUUUAUGCUUACAUAGACUGGUUAACUGAUAACGUUACACAAAAAAAACGCGCUUCUAAGAGCAGAAGGACGUGUGUUGUGAUUCUGGAUGGCCAGACAGCUAGCAACAAUGACAAGAAACUGCCCUGAUUCUGGAUGGCCAGAC